UGCUGAUGAGAGAAGCAAUCCUCCUUCUAGGGCUGGGCUCAGAUCUCUUUUGAGGCACAGUGUCUUUCAACUAAGCGCUGAGCCCCUGCGAUGAUAAGGUCAAGCGGCGUAACUGAAGCUUCUUGCGCCUAAUUCAAUUGAGCUGCUAGGCUUCCUUACCUAAGCCCUGACUCGAAAAACCGGUGGACACUAGGCGACAUCUAAAUCCCUCCAACUGCGAGGAAAAGUAAAACCCAAAAACGAUCUCUUUUGUCGGUUGUUUGUAAAUUUAAGUGUAACCUCGCACCAUUCCGCCGCGGAAAAUGUGCCUCUCCGCCGCCUUUAACUCCCUCAAGUCCUCUAAUCUCAUCUCAUGGAAAGCGACAGGUAAGCUUCAACAAACUCUAGAGGGAUGCAUAGAGCUGACGGGAAAAGCACUUCACUCUGGGAAGGUUUCGACGGUAAAGAUAUGGCCGGGAUUCGCGGGGGAAGGAAGGUACUUUGAGUUUCAAUCGAAAUUAAUUCCUGCAUCCAUCGAUUUUGUUCAAGAAUCGCUGCUGUGUACCACGCUUUGCAAAGACGGAUACAAGAUUCGGACCGUUGAGCAUUUGCUUUCGGCUUUGGAAGCUAAAGGCGUCGAUAAUUGUAGAAUUGAGAUUCAAAGUUUCGAUUCCAAGGAUCCUGAGGUUGAGGUUCCUAUUUUUGAUGGGUCAGCAAGUGCAUGGGUAGAGGCAAUAGAACAAGUUGGCAGAAAAGAGGCCUUGGAUCGGUGUGGGAACAAUGCUGAGAAACUGGCACCAUAUUUGAAUGAACCACUGCAUGUUUCGAGGGAUGAUUCUUUUUUGGUUGCAUUCCCUUCUCGAAUGGUUCGCAUAACUUGUGGAAUUGACUUUCCAAAGGUGCCUGCAAUUGGAUGCCAAUGGUUUUCUUCAGCUGCUUUAGAUGACUUCUAUGAAAAGCAAAUAGCUUGUUCAAGAACUUUCUGCAUUUAUGAGGAGGUGGAACGUAUGCGCAAUGCAGGACUCAUUAAAGGGGGCUCACUAGACAAUGCCAUUGUAUGUAGUGCCAGUAAAGGAUGGUUGAACCCACCGCUUCAUUUCCAUGAUGAACCUUGUCGCCACAAGGUCUUAGAUCUUAUAGGUGAUCUUUCCCUCUUUGCACGGUCUGGUAGUCAAGGAUUUCCUGUGGCACAUGUAGUGUCUUUCAAGGGUGGCCAUUCACUACAUGCUGAUUUUGUACGCCGGCUAUCAGGAAUCAUUUAAGCAGCAUAUAAUCAACCUCUUCAGAAUUUCUCUCGUUGCAUAUCAAAGGUUAGAAAUGUGUGGCUUAGACGUCUGCAACACUUUGUUAUGUACAGUGCUGAUGCUAAUGAUCCUUUAAGCAUGUGAAACGGAUGGGAGAAUUUGGAGGGGAAGUUAAUUGAGGAUGGAUUCUGUUAGUAGAGGAAAAAGGUUAAGAAGUGCUCAGUUUCAGGAUCAGGGCUCAUUACAGUUUUGAUGAGUCCUUGCUUUGGAACUGAAACUCAACUCCCGAGUUAUGAUUCCUUUUUUCACUUACAUGUGAAAUGUUAGAAUUUCCGGAAUUGUGGCCUAUCAUUAAUUGAAAUUUUGGCUUAUAAAACAAGUUGAUAGAUUUAGUUUUAAGAGAAACCUCCGGGUCCGCACAAUUAAAUUAAAGUGAUUGGUUUAUUAUGAGUUUUGCGCAUAUUAUUUGGACCAAUGUGGUUAGAUAGUAUCUGUAAGUCUUAACCCGAUAAAAGCCUUGACGAGGCGUUAUUAGGGUUUUAUAUAAAUAUGGUUAAGGUUCUUCAUUUUUAACAUAAGGAUUCUAACCACUGAGAGUCAUUCAAAGGAGGAGAGUGAAAAGGAAGAUUUAAUUUAAUUUUAAUUUAUAAAUUUAUCUUAGCCUUAGGUUGUAAAUCUUAACAGCCUUAACAGGUAUGUUAUA